GAAACAUUCACCUAAAGCUUUACUGACACCACCAACGUGGGAGAAACGGACCUCUCAACCCUUUGGCUUCCGGCGCGACAUGAGCGCUUCGCGUAUAAAGUUCAUUUCUAGCACGCCAGAUGCUGGACAUGCAAGAACGAAGCGCAAUCGUCAUGCGUGUGAGAGUUGUAGAAAACGCAAAAAACGAUGCCAACAUGAUUAUCACGCAUUACCAACAACAGCUGCGCUCCACAAGCCUAGAUCGGACAAUAAACGGCUCCCCCAAAAGAGGUAGAAGCUCCAGAGGAAUCUCAAGUUCUCCAAGUCGGUUCUAUUCUCAAGGUGCCGCAAAUGAAACCAGCCCCGCGGAGAAAGAGGUUGAGUCCCCUUCUAGCAAGACCAGAGGUUCUCCAGCUAGCCAGACCACCCCAAUUUCCCUAUCCGAAGACACGACGCCAGCUGCUAGGAGGCCCAAGGGAGGAGAUGGUGAGCCGAUAUUCUUUGGGCACCUCAAUCCAGAGGGAGCAUUCCUUGCGACGGCCGGACCCGGCGCAUCAGAGGCUUCUCAACAUGAUGACGGUCUCGGGUUUUGGGUACCACAAGAGUCGCAGAGCAACGUGAAUAAUGCAGUACAACCUACGGACCGAAGACUUGAUCCUUCAUCUGAUAGCAUUCCUGUUGGUAGAUCACAAGUUGCCACCGAAAGCUUUUGGAGCAUGGAAGUUCUUCCAACGCACCGUUGCUAUAAGUCUCUGCGAGCGAUUUAUUUCCGAGAAAUUCACCCUAUAUUCCCCAUAUUGAGUCCUGAGAUUGUACCGGAGAGCACCAAUAACAAGCUCUCUGUAGCGGAUACCUUGUUAAUUCAGGCACUUUGUAUCGGAGUAGCCACAAACACCGCUGCGAGACCUUACCUCCGCCUGGAGCAAACUGAAGGAGUCCUGGCACCGAGAGAAUUUGCGAGUCGUAUAACUAGAGCCAUAUCAGCUACACUUGCUAUGGCUGAGACCGCCGACCGACUUCUAUUGAUUCGUGUUUUUACCAUUUUGUCACUGUUUUCCGCAUUUUCAUCAGACAGUCAUACCUCUGCUGAAUAUGGCGCGCGAGCUGUCAGCAAUGUGCACACUUUACAACUCCAGCUAGAUACAUCUGGUGUACGAAAGGAUGAUGUUGCUGUUAGUCGGAUCUUCCUGUGUGUCUGGGUUCUGGAUCGACUCAAUGCAGCUUAUCAUUCAAGACCAUGUCUUAUGCAUGGGCAUGACAUGAGCCGAAACAUGAAUGCUUUGAUCGCUCAGCAGAAAGGUUGCUUUCGGGCGCUUCUAGUUCUGUCUGGCUUUCUUGACAAAGUCAUUGGGCUUUACAGACCGGUGUACAACGCAAAUAGUGGAACUGAUGAUUUCAGUAUUCCCAGCUUUGAAGAGGUGGUAGUAGAAGCCGAUGCAACACAAUGUCCAACUCAUUUGUUAGCCACACUUGAGACUCUAUACCACUGUGUAUCCAUGUUAUCCCACCGAUUUCAAUCACUGGAUGAUCCCGACCGCUCGUCUAUCUCAUACCUGCGGUCUAGCCUCUCAGCCACUCGUGUGACAAGCCUCAUGGGAACAACCUUUUUUCACCCACUCUCAAAUUUCCCUUUUGUUCCGUACUCCUUAUCGCUUGCGUUGCGGGUAGCCUACCGGGAGCUCAGACUCAGCAAAACGCCACUCUACCAAUCAAAGGCACGAAGUCAGCUGUUACUCAUCUGCUCGCUUCUCGAUGAACUCGGCGAAAACUUCACCCUUGCAGAGCGACUAGCUCUGCUUGCGGCAAAGGUAGUUCGCGAAAUGGACAAAGCAACUUCCUUGGUUCUCCAGGCCCGUCAAAUAGAUGCCGACCAGCCUGGAGAAUCGAGAUCUUUGGUGGAUGAAAACGAAAACGCACCUAGGAGCAGCGCUGCCCCCGAGUCAUCGGAGAUAUUCCCAACCAUGCAACAGGAUCAAUCCAUUACAGGUGAUCCAACUCGGCAGUACAUGCAUUCGGAAAUGCCUAACAUUUUAGAUUGCAAUGAUGGGCACUACAACAAAGAGAGCUACGAAGAUGUGUAUAAGCUACCGGACUUGCCUGACAUUUUCGAACAUUUCGACCCUGAAUUUAAUCUGGAGGCUGUUGAUCUUGCGCUGAUGCGUAAUCUUGAGCUAGAGGCUUUCUGUCUGUCUGUAUAA